UCGUGAAAUAGAAUCGUAAAGAUCAGACCAUAUGAAAACAGUUAGUGAAUAUCUUUCAACAAUAAGUUAUUGAAUGAAUCAGCCUGUUACACAACUUUUAAUCGAACAGACCUAGAAGCAUAAGUACUUCUUUAUUAUUGAGGUUGCAGUUUUGGAGUUAACGUUAUUGGUAGACUUGCAAGCUCAUGGAAUCUUCCAGUCAUUACGCCGGUUGGAACAAAUGCUGACCUUGCAAACAAAAACAACUUUCCAACUCUAACAAGGCUUUCCUUUGGCAUGAACAAAUUUUCACAGAUGUACUUGAGUAUUUUUAGAAGAUAUAAUUGGACAGACGUUACAAUAAUUCAUGACGUGACACAUUCAUUCUUCAUAAUUGCUGGAGACAGUUUAAUGGUCGCAUUUCAAUAUGCUGGGAUAAAUGUAGAACGAAUUUCAUUUGAUUCUUCACAAAACGAUGACGUGGGAGUUGUCCUUAAACAGUCAAGCCUUAGAUCUAGAAUAUUCAUUGUCAGUUGUAGUGGAGACACUUUUAGGGAAAUGAUGUUAACAGCCCACCAACUUGGAAUGACUACCGGAGAAUAUGUCUUCAUCAUAAUAAGUUUGUUUAAUGGAGAUAGCUUAGGAGAUUUUAGCUGGAAAAGACAGGACUCUCUAGACGAGAUAGCAGCAUUUGCCUUCGAUUCUGUGUUAAUGGUUAAACUCAGACGUCCAACAAGUGAUUCAUUUAUGGAGUUUGAAAGAGACGUACAAACGAGAGCUUCGACUCAUUACAACUACACAUCAGAAGAUCUUGAGGCGAAUCCAUUUAUAACAUCUAUGUAUGAAGCGUUUAUGAUAUAUGCAAAAGUUGUUAAUGAAACUAUUUCUGAAGGCGGAGACCUGCGUGAAGGAAGGGCAGUAACACAAAAACUUUGGAACAGAGAAUUUAGAGGUUUGGACGGAAGCUUCAAAAUUGAUAGCAACGGUGAUAGAAAUACAGAUUUUUCCUUGUUAGAUUUAGAUGGUACAUCUGUGGAGUAUAAGGUGGUCGCGAACUUUUUUGGUUUAGAUGGAAAGUUAGUCUUUAACGACAGCAUUGAAAUUCACUGGCCAAAUAACAGAGGACCUCCCCUAAAUAGACCGCUUUGUGGGUAUGAUGGAAAUGAUCCAAAGUGUACAAAAUCGGAAUUGUCGACGACAGCAAUUUUGGUCAUAGUGCUGGUGGCCUGCUUAGUUCUAUUUCUCCUUGCUUUGAUGAUAAUAUGGAGCCAUUGUAGCUCUUUUCGGAGCAGGAGACCGUACCCUAAAACAAGAUUUAUUUUAAGGCCAGCAUUGGUUACAAACAAAAUCCUCUUUGAAUUAUAUAUUCACAGAAAGUAUCGCCGUGAGAAUGAUAUCCGUAGUAACUGGUGGAGAAUAGAACAAGAAGAUAUACUCAUCCGCAAGGUCAUAUCUCGCAGUAUUCAUAGUAUAAUGUCAGAGUUUAGUUUAUCUAAGUCAGUAGGAAAGCAUUCUUCUACAUCAAAUGAUGAUGGAUUAUUAGCGAAUACAGCAAUUUAUAAGGGAAGCAAGGUACAUUUCAAAAAGUUCGAAACAAAACAUUUGAAUAUUGACAGAAAGAUGAUCUUAGAAAUGAUCGAGAUGCGAGAUUUCAACUGCAGUAAUCUGACAAAAUUCAUUGGAUUGCACACCAAUAAUCAGCAUAUUUUGAUACUAACAGAAAACUGUUGCAGAGGGAAUUUACAGGCUUUGUUACUUAAUGAUUCCAUUCAUCUGGAUAAAGAUUUGAAAAUGGCAUUGAUACGAGAUUUAAUACAGGGAAUGACCUAUCUUCAUCAAAGUAAUAUAUGUAUACAUGGGGGUUUAACCAGUAAUUCAUGUGUUAUUGAUAGUCGUUUUGUGUUAAAAGUUACGGCAUUUGGACUGAGAAGAUUGAAACAGCAGUGUAAAGAAAUCAUUAGACACGACAACAACUUUUGGACUGCACCAGAACAUCUUCGUACCAAAGACAGAACAGUGUCGCAGCCGGGUGAUAUCUACAGCUUUGGGAUAAUACUCUACGAAAUAUUGACUAGAAACGAACCUUACUGCGAGGAAUUAGAUAUGUUUACAUCGCUAGAAAUCAUCUUGAAAGUCAUAAACAUUGAGAAUCCACCAUUCAGACCUACAUUACCUAAAACAAAUAAUAAAGACUUCAGUAGAGGGAUAGACACACUUAUGUAUGACUGUUUGAAAGAAGAUCCUCAGAAUAGACCGAACUUCAUGAUAAUUGGAAAAAGAAUCAAAGAAGCGACUGGCUUUUCAAAAAACCACAAUGUAUUAGAUGCGUUACUUAAAAGAAUGGAACAAUACGCAAAUAAUUUGGAAGCUCUUGUUUUGGAAAGGACACAAGCAUUCUUAGAGGAGAAACGAAAGUCUGAGGAACUGUUGUAUCAAGUUCUUCCACGAUCUGUUGCUGAAAGGUUAAGAGAUGGAAGACCUGUUGACCCCGAGGAGUUUAAUUGUGUAACGAUAUAUUUCAGUGAUAUUGUAGGCUUUACUGACCUUUCAUCUCAGAGUACACCUUUCCAGAUUGUAGAUCUACUAAAUGAUCUUUACAACUGUUUUGAUGAAAUAAUAGACAGUUAUGAUGUGUAUAAGGUUGAGACGAUAGGUGACGCGUACAUGGUAGUAUCAGGUCUACCUAUACUUAAUGGCACUAAACACGUUAAAGAAAUAGCACAGAUGGCGCUUUCUAUAAGGGACUCGGUAAAGUGUUUUAGGAUUCCUCACAAACCGGAGAAAUCAUUACAAUGUAGGAUUGGAAUUCACUCAGGACCUGUAUGUGCAGGUGUUGUGGGUAGGAGGAUGCCAAGGUAUUGUUUAUUUGGCGACACAGUGAACACUGCAUCCAGGAUGGAAUCAAAUGGCGAAGCAAUGAAGAUACAUAUCAGUGAAACCACAAAGGUGUUGCUUGACAAUUUUUCUGAAUUUGACGUUAAAUGUAGGGGAUCAAUGCAGAUAAAAGGAAAAGGCGUAAUGACAACGUAUUGGAUAAAAGGUUACAUGAUAGAUAUAAUAAUGUCAGAUACCAGUAAAUCGGAUUUAUCACAAGACUCAAGUAAUAUCGUUAAUGGUAUGGAUAAACGAUAUUUUUCACAGAAUUAUAAUCUCAUAGCAGUAAACAUAUUAUUGUCAAAUUUCGAAUUAACGCUAGGUUAUCGAUUACUUAACCAAUAA